AUGAAGAGCUACUAUGCUACGCUCUUUAGCUUGGAUAAUCUCCGAUGGAUGAUCGCGAAUUGCGAGCCUCUGUCCACCGAUGCGAUGGACGCAGCAGCAGCCAGCGGCGAUUUAUACAACGUCGAGUGGCUCCACAACAAUCGAUUUGAAGGCUGCACCGCUGCCGCGAUGGCUGGCGCUGCGACGAACGGCCACCUCAAAGUUGUCAAAUGGCUGCACCAAAAUCGCUCCGAGGGCUGCACCACCGCUGCGAUGGAUGGCACCGCAACAAACGGCCACCUUGAUAUUGUCAAGUGGUUGCACGCGAUGGAUGGCGCUGCGAGCAACGGCCACCUCAACGUAGUCAAGUGGUUGCACGAAAACCGCCCCGAAGGCUGCACCACUGCCGCGAUGGAUGGCGCGAUAGCCAAUAGUCGAGUGAAAGUGGUUCGAUGGCUGCAUGAAAACCGCUCGGAAGGGUGUUCGACUGUAGCGAUGGACACUGCGGCGGGACAGAACUACCUCGCUGACAUCAAGUGGCUGCAUGACAAUCGACAGGCAAGCUGUAGCCCCGCUGCGAUGAUAAACGCGGCGUCGAAAGGAUACCUGGAUGUGGUCAAGUACCUGCACACUGAGGUCGGCCAGCCAGCUACGGACGCUGCGAUCACUGCCGCCGCGGAAAACGAUCAUCUUCUGGUUGUGGAGUAUCUCAUCAGGUUCGAAGCGAAGACUGUCCAGCGGGUCCGAUCGGCCGAGUGA